AUGAGCGAAGAUGACAAUUCAGCGCCAACAACCAAAGACAAAGACGCAACUCUUCUGCUUACAAAGGAUGGACAGAGGUACUAUGUGAACAAGAGCGGAGUAGUGGACAGCAGAAAUGUGACCACACCGCUCGAACCCGAGAACAACGCCUCCUCGUACGACCUGGACGAUCCGGACGAGGAGAGCGACGUCCUGGACACCUCCGACCCCAGAGACAGCGCAGCGAGCCCGGAGGAGCUCAACGACGAGGAGGCUUCAGAGGGAGACAACGCCCCCAAACAGUGCACCUAUGAGGGCUGCACGGAGACCACAACACAGGUGGCCAAGCAGAGGAAACCCUGGAUGUGCAAGAAACACCGAAACAAGAUGUACAAAGACAAGUACAAGAAGAAGAAGAGCGAUCAGGCCAUGUCCAGUGGGAAACUCGAUGUAAGACAAAGAUAUCAUCAUAUUCCAAACCAAAACAUGUGAACUUUGCACGUUAUACACAGACUGUGACUACAGAUUAACCCUAGAACACUAUCGCCAAAAUCAGUAACACCAUCACUGUCGCCGAAAUACUAUACCCAAGAAAAAGUACUUGUCAUCAAAAUAUGUCAAAACAGGACAAUACAUGACAGUUUUCUUUUUAACUGGGCACUGUCCAAAGUGAGGGGAAAAAAGUGCCAUGAGGUGACCAUAUAAAAAUGCAACAAAGUAACUGAAAUUAGGCAUUCAUGAACAAAAAAAUUCUUCAGAAAGAAAGAAACUGUAAAUUUAGUUUCUUUUCCACCCAUUCCUGGGGCAUGUAAGUCUUCCCUGGUGAAGACUCAGGGUCCUUGGCACAAUAACAGCUGUAGGAGAGAGUAAAAAUGACCAGCUGACCAAAAUAGUUAUCACCAUAUGAAUCCCCUUGAAAAUCACUACUUUUUGAUAGUUAUUCAUAACCACCGGGCUAAAUAAAGAUAGCAUGCAAAUUCCAGGACCACUCUUACUGAUCUUAUUCCCUACAUGCAGCUAUCAAAUCCACCCAAACCUACUUACCCUCUAUUACUAUUGCCAGGUGAAAAUCACCCGAACACGUGCCUGUAGGAAAAAAAACGGGUUUUGGAUCAGGGAAACAAAUAUGCCUUCAAAGAUGUCCCAGGGACCCAUGAUACUCAGACUAACGCAACAUAAUGAAAAUCACAUAAACAUGUUUGGAUGGGUGAAAGUGUUCUGGGGUUAAAGUAAUGUGAAGUAUGUAAUAGUAGCUCACAACUCAGGGAAAGACUGAAAAACACAUGCUGCCCUUAAAUAAUCCAUGAUUGGACUUCCACAGUCAUUUUCCUGUAUUUGUCUUUCUGUGUCCUUUAGGAAAACUCCGAAGAGCGUCCUGUCUCAGUGAACAAACAGCGUCUGGGUGCUAUGGGGGACCGGCCUGCCAGACCCUCUUUGAUAGAGCAAGUCCUCAAUCAGAAAAGACUGGUGAGUUUUGUUUUUCAAAUAUGAUUUCAAAUCCCAAAUUUGUCUGAGAUUUGAGAUUGAGAUUUAAAAAAUGGGACAAGAUGCAUUAAUGAAAGUUGGAAAUAAAUACAUGAGAUUAUAGCCAGACUGUCAAUUUCCUUACCGUAAGCAGGUUGGUAUGAACACAUAAAACAAAAACUGAACAUCAGUGAUGACUGAAGAUACUCUCCCUUCUUUGACUUUCCUUUUGGAAAAGGAAGAACUAAUUUUAAAAAGUAAAGAAGGAAGAAACAGAAGAUGGAAACAAGAAGAAUCUCCAAGUCUUUUAAUUCUCCACAAAAAAGGUUUAUGUGUGUUACCAAAACAUGUGCAGAAUUGCAAGCACGAUUUCAAAGGAUUUGAGUGAGAAACUAAAACUCAUAAAAUGUCUCAAACAUAAAUCAGGACAGUCUGCAAAAAUCCUUUGUCCUAACUGAUGUGUUGUUUAUCAAUGUCAUUGUCUUUCCAGUCAAUUUAAUGUGCUGGUUUUCUUUUCUGUUGUGUGUGUGAUGGCUGUUUGGUGCUGCUACCUGUAAACAAACUGCUCCUCAGGGAUAAUAAAGGUAGCUAAACCUCCAGGAAAGAGAGGAGGCUUUCAGAGCAACUAAGAGCUCAGGUGUAUCCGAAUGAUGUUGACAGUCUGUAAAUGCUUAAACCUUUCCCCCAAAUGCAUUUAACUUUGUCAUGAAGAUCUACAGAUUAUAAAGCCCAGGCACACUUUGAGGCUCAACCACCUAAUUUGUGGUAAAUCUAAAUACUUGAGAUUAAAAAUGCUGAAUUUCACAGAAUUGCACAUAUUUUUUUUGAGAUUUAUUUAUCUAGACAUUGAGCUGCACAUAUUCUUUUGUAUUAAGGUGGAAUAAAAUUAUAUGGACAGCAUUAACAAAAUGAUGGUCAGACCUAAUGUCAAUAUAUAGAGCUUUCUGUGACUUGAUCCAAAUGGCUUUAACUAUUUAGGCCAUGUACCAUCAUCUCAGUUUUAUGCAGUUAAGUGCAUCCUAAUGAUCCUUUUAAUGUCCUUAUUUGUUGUGUUAGUAAAGGUCCCCCCACCAAGAAGACCACCAAAAAGAUAAAUAGUUUUAAUUAUUUUGAGACAUUUUUGGCAGAGGGAAUUUUGCACUAAUAAUAAAAGGCGUGAAAUUAAAUUAUAGAAAAUCUGAAUGUCUUUUUUUUUCUCCCUUCAGUCUCUACUGAGAAGUCCAGAGGUGAUCAGCUUCCUGCAGCAGCAGCAGCAACUCCUCGCUGCACAGAGCCGCAGCCAAUCACAGCAGCAGUUUCAGGGCUGCUGA